UACACACAACGUCAACGAGCGAUCAGUCUCACCCGACCCGCCAGCUUGUUGACAUGCAAUCUUGGAAAGUUUUUAUCACAUUGUUCGCGGCUCUCGUAGCUGAUGUAGAUGGUGUAGAUGAAGAAAAAAUAUGUUUUCCACAUAAUUUUCUGUUCGGCGUAGCAACUGCCGCUUAUCAAAUUGAAGGAGCUUGGAAUGUAUCAGGUAAAGGCCCGAGUAUAUGGGAUAGCUUGACCCACGAUCAUCCAGAAAGAAUAGUCGAUCGCAAGAAUCCAGACGUCGCAGCUGACUCUUACCAUCUCUUCAAGAAGGAUGUGCAACUUUUGGUCAAAUUGGGAAUACAGUUCUAUCGCUUCUCCAUAGCCUGGUCGAGGAUUCUCCCGAAUGGUCUGGCCAAUAACGUAAACGAGGAUGGUAUUAGGUACUACCACGAGCUAAUAGACGAGCUAAACCGCAACAACAUUCAACCAAUGGUGACCAUGUACCACUGGGACCUACCACAGUACCUCCAAGACUUCGGUGGCUGGACAAAUCCUAUGAUAGCAGACUACUUCGUGGAUUACGCUAGAGUGUUAUUUCAAAAUUACGGUUCAAAAGUCGGUGCUUGGGUGACAUUCAAUGAACCAUUAUCAUUCUGUCAAGAAGGGUACGGAGGGCGUGAAGCGCCUGAAACUAUCGAAGCCAGCGGCUUCGCGGAUUAUCUCUGUGCACACAACGUCCUUCGCGCACACGGAAUGGUGUAUCGAAUGUAUGAGAGGGAAUUCAAAGCGAAACUCAUGACGAGCAUUGGAAUAACACUAGAUUUUUCGUGGCGUGCACCCUCCAGUCUUUUGGCAGAUGAUAUAAUAGCUGCUGAAACGGCUAGACAAUUCUCUAUUGGUUGGUUCGCACAUGCUAUAUUUUCUAAACCCGGGGAUUACCCAUUAGUAAUGAGAAAAAGAAUCGAUACAAUAUCAAGAAUACAAGGUUUCAGCCGCUCUCGUCUUCCACACUUUACUGCAGAAGAAAUAGAAAUGAUUCGCGGCUCAGCCGACUUCUUCGGCUUAAAUCAUUAUACGACGUACCUGAUCACCAAGAGCAAAAAAAAGAUCUCUUCUAAGCCGUCUUACUAUGCUGAUAUGGGUGGCUUAGUAUCGCAGAAGUCAAGUUGGCCGAAGACUAAUUCAACUUGGUUGAAGGUUGUUCCAUGGGGCAUCAGAUUGUCAUUGAACUGGAUAAAACGGGCAUAUAACAACCCUCGGAUAAUAAUCACUGAAAAUGGCGUGUCACUUGAAAGAGGUUUACGGGACAAAGGACGUACUAAUUACAUCAGAGAUUAUUUGAAAUAUGUGCACGCGGCUAUCACUAAGGAUAACUGCAAUGUGUACGGUUACACGUACUGGAGUUUGAUGGACAACUACGAAUGGCUACGCGGUUUCUCAGAAUGUUUCGGUUUGUAUAAAGUUGAUUUCGACUCUCCGAACAAGACUAGAACGCCGAGGAUGUCAAGUGAAUACUAUGGCAGAGUCAGUCGUACCAAAUGCUUAUAAUACUACCUGAUCAAUAAUAAUAUGUCUUAUAUUAUAAACGUUAAGAAAGUGUAGAUUAAUGUUUUAUUUAUGCCACUUUAUUGCUUAAUAAUUAUUACAAGUUU